AAUGCAUUCACACAAUCAUUAUUACAGUCAUAGACAUCACUGUUGACUGCAAUUCACAGUCAGUACUCAUAUACGUGUGAAUCACUUGUCAUUAUCACUGGUUAACCAUCACCGCGAAGACAACGGUUCCCACCAAUGAAUGGUUUGAAUCAAUUCGUGGCAAAAAAUCGCCGAUACGUGCGAAGAGUUGGCACCGAUUUGUGCGCUAUUAUCAUACUUGGCAUACCAGUGCUGGUGCUGUUCGCUGGCGUCGAGCCAUACCACCGGGGCUUCAACUGCGAUGACGAGUCCAUUAGGUAUCCCUACAAAGACAAUACCAUCCCAUCGAUUGUCAACUACUUGUACUCAACCAUCAUUCCCAUCGUUACGAUAAUUAUAGUGGAAGUGUUGUAUUACAAGAAAAGCGCUGAAAAAUAUCGCAAAACUCGUGAUGAGGACAGAUCUGAGGACAGUAUAGUCGCCGAGAAGUCGUCGCCUCAGAGGUCGCACCUGUUGUGGCAAAUCUAUUGUCGAUUAGCGCCGUUCGUUUUCGGCGCCCUUAUCUCACAACUCACUACAGAUAUCGCAAAGUAUUCAAUCGGAAGACUGAGGCCUCACUUCAUAGACGUGUGUCAACCGCAGACACGUGACGGACACCAGUUUUCACUU